AUGACUUCUUUGUUAAAUGCAAACAAUGCAUCGAUGAGGACAUACUCUUCUUCCAGUCCUACACCUCCACUAGCUGAUAGUGCGGCGGGAACGUUAAAAAGGUGGAGCUGGCUUUGGUGGAAAGAGUGGACAAUUAUAUUCGCUGUAUUCGCAGUGACUGGCUCGACUACUGUACGAGUAGUGAGACCCAUUGUGACUAACGUGUUCGGUAUUGAGGGUUCAUUCACAGAUGGCCCAUGGUCUUAUCGACUUACUUAUCUCGCCAUAACCUUGCCGCUUUAUUCUGUUAUCCUAUUUGGGCUUGGUACGCUUGUAGGCCGACGAGCGUAUUUUGGAAAGAUCGUGACCAGAAUGUGGGGACGAUUUAUUCCCAAACGAUUACUUAAACGACCGCAAUCGAUCCGAGACCAGUCAAAUGGAAACAACCAAGUGUAA